GUGAGUACAUAGGGUGUUAUAUUCGGCCUUUUUUUUUUUGCUCACACGGCGAACUAUGUGACGCAGCGGAGUCAUAUCGACGGAGCUGUUCGCGCUUUCCUUUUUGAGAAAGUACGGAGAGUUUUGGAAAUAGAGGAGGAGUGUGGACCGAACGGAGCCGGGUUCGCGGGUCCGGGGGCAGCGUCACUCUCAAAGUCUGGGUCACUAAUGUCUCGUAGCGUCCAAAUCAACUGAGCGCUUUGUUUACAUUGCGUGGCCCCGGCGCGUGCGGUAUAUAUCAGGAGGCACUCACGCAACGCCACGCUCCAGCUUCUCCAGCUGGUGUCUCGGGACUCGGUCGGUCACCUAAAUAUAAUGUUACCCAGCCAGGCUGGAUCGGUACCAUCUGGAAACGGGUCCGCGUCCGGCAAGGGCAGCACCGGUCACAGUUCGGGGGUUGUCGGCGGCGGGAUUCGCCCCGUCCUGGUCCGACCGGGGCUAAGCGACGGCGCGGGCGCUGCGGGGCGACACGCCGGGGACAGGGACGCGGUUGGGAUGCUCGGAGCCAACGGUCCAGGCGGCUCGAGGGCCGCGAGACCGGGAAACGGGACCGGAGGGAACCCCCUGCAGGCUGCCGUACCGGGACACAUGGUGGGGCUGAACGCGGGCGUCGUGCUGCCCAUGGGGGCCCGGUUCGACCCGGAGCGGGUGUGCAGCGGCUCCGACAACGACUCUGAGUCCGGGGACGACGACGACCCGGUGGGGUCACUCGGGGACAGCAGGAGAGGGGUGAAGCGGGAGAGGGGGGAGAUGAUGGAGGCUGCGGCGGCGGGGCAGGAGGCGGGAGUCACCCCCGGAGAUUACGGCAUGGUGUCCGGGGGAGUCGCCGGGGCAAAGCCCGGGAAGAAGACCCGGGGGCGCGUGAAGAUUAAGAUGGAGUUUAUAGACAACAAGUUACGGAGGUACACGACCUUCAGCAAGAGGAAGACGGGCAUCAUGAAGAAGGCGUAUGAACUGUCCACCCUCACAGGAACCCAGGUUCUGCUGCUGGUGGCCAGUGAAACGGGUCACGUCUACACCUUUGCCACCCGCAAGCUUCAGCCCAUGAUCACCAGCGAAACGGGCAAAGCCUUGAUCCAGACGUGCCUGAACUCCCCGGACUCGCCGCCUCGGUCCGACCCCUCCAUGGACCAGCGGAUGAGCGCCACGGGCUUCGAGGAGACGGAUCUUACCUACCAGGUGUCGGAGUCGGAGAGCAUGGGCGACACGAAGGAAGCCCUGAAGCCUACGUUCACCGUGGCCAACAUACCGGGCAGCACGAGCACCCCCGCCGUGCCCACCACCUCCACCACCAUGCAGGUGAGCAGCGGGCCGUCCUUCCCCAUCACCAACUACAUGGCGCCGGCGUCGGCCAGCGGCAACGUCAGCGCCAACGGGACCGUCCUGAAAACUGCCCCCGCGGGAGUCAUGCAACUGCCCAGCGGCUUCACCUUCAUGCCUGCCGGCACUCCUCUCCCCCCCGGCACCCCCACCAUUCCUCUGAGCCAGCUGCAGCAGCAUUCCCUGGCGCUGCAGGGGCAGCAUGGCCAGGCGCUGGCCGCCCCGCCGCUGCAGCAGGGACAGCAGGCUGUCUUCCGCUUCCCUGCUGCUGUCUCCCUCACAGGACCCGGCAUUCCCCAGCAGCUCCAGGCUAUCCAGGUCCACCAGAACACGCAGCCCACCUCCAACAGCGACAGCAGCCCCGACAUCUCCCACACCUCCACCAACUCCACCACAACCGUAAGUCUCCCAGCAACCAUCGUCACCUCGUCGGUGCCGACGUCUGUGGCGGGUCACAUGAUGUACCCCAGCCCUCACACGGUCAUGUACGCGUCCACGCCGGCGCUGGCUGACGGAGGGCUGGCCGUGCUCAACGCCUUCUCCCAGGGGACCUCCGCCAUGCAGGUUUCCCACGCACAAGCCCAGGACGCGGGUGCGGUCUCUCAGGUGUUCCUCACUGCACCUCCAGGAACGGUGCAGAUCCCCGUCUCGGCUGUGCAGCUACACCCAGUACGGCAAGAUCUGCAUUUCACAAAUGGUGAUUGGCCAGCAGUCCAGCGGCGGCAGCAGCAGUAACCUGACGGAGCUCCAGGUGGUCAACCUGGAUGCGGCGCCGAGCUCUAAGAGCGACUGACUGACGGGCGGCUGGAGCUGUUCAGCACAACACAAACACAACACAAACACACACAGAUGUCUAUUUAUUGAUGCCUUCCUAAAAAAAAAGCUUCACUCUUCUGAAUGUGAUUUCUACACAUUAAAAACACACAAUCAGGGGCGAACGUGUAACCCAGCUCGCUCAGUUGGUUUUUUGGUAUAGAGAUGUGUAAAUAUAAAUAUGUAUAUCGCAAAUGAAUCGCAGAUAUAUCACUGUAACAUCAGAGCCUAUUUUCUACGCUGUUGGAUUGUUACCUUCGUGGCGUGAGCAUGUAUUUUUCUGGGGGUAACGUGUAAUUACAGACACGCACGCUGCCGGUGCCAGAGCUUCACACCAGCCAAAGAGACGUUUCGUCCGAAUGUUCCCGCCGUUUCAGCACAACCGUAAAGAAAAACCUACAUUUGCUAAUGUAAAUAUAUUUUUGUUAAUUCAUGAAGUGUUUUUUAACCGCCUCAGUUAAAACUAUUGAAUAUACUUUCACAUGGUUUGACUUACUGUCACUAGUUUUUUCACUACCAAACGGGAAAAAAGGAAUCUGGAUUAUUACUUUAGAUAUUCUGGAUUAUCAUGCUGACAGACUAUUUACUGCCGUUGUUUUUCUUUUCCUGGAAUAUCUCAAAUAAUCCGUUAAAAUGUCACCGAAUCCCAUGAAUCCUUCAUUUGGUUGUAAAAACGAUGACGAGACAAAAACACAGUUGCCUCAUUUCAGGCCAUUCUCCUGUUUUUGUUCGGGUUUAUCUUCUGAUGAGCAAAAAGUGCAAAGACGAUCCGUUCAGUCGUGACCCAGAUGAACUCACGUUCAGGAUAAUCAGACAUGGUGGGUCUCUCCUUCUCAAACUCCUCUUGGCUUACGAGCCGAACCGGCUGCAAUCACUGAGUCGAGCCUUUCUGCACCGCCGUGCCUCUUGAUCCGUGGCUGAAGAGUUUCUUCCUUUGGAACCGUCGCCCCAUCCCCCGGUUCUCCAGGAGGACCCGGACCCCCGAGCAGAGGACAGUGGUGUUUACGUCCUGCUCCUUCUGAGGAAAGGGACUCUUUCUGAUGGCUAUAAAGGAAUGUUUAUUUUGAAAGAUUGAAUAGAUUUGAGUGGUUUUCACCUCAUCACUGACAGAAAUGCUCUAUUUGUGUAUUUUUGUUUUACUGUACAAACAUUUUGUAAUAAAAGAAGAUGACUCGACAGUCUGUGAAGAA